CUCAGGAGCUUCAACAUGAAGAAGUCAGCAUAACAGUCUUGGACCCUCCUAUUGGAAAGGAGAAAUUCCUUUGCCAUGGAGAAUUGUGUAACCUGAAUGAUAUACUGUGCUUCAAGGCUUUCUUUUCCAAGAAAGAACAAGACAUCAAUCAAUAGACCUCAAAGAUGGGGAAGAAAAGGGCCAAGAGACAUAACCAAGAAAAACUGCUCAAACAUACUGAGAAUGGGACAAAAGGAAAUAAUGACCCAGGUGAAAGCACAAGUAAGGUUUUUACACAAGAACACAGCCCAGGUCUUGAUGCUAACAUUGAGAACUGGACAAAGGAACAAGUAAAACAAUGGGUGACAAAUGAACUGAAGCUUGACGAGAAACAUGGUGACACUCUUCUUCAGCAAGAUGUGACAGGCUCUAUCCUGAAGAUCUUGAGAAAGCAAGACCUUCUAGAAAUGGGGAUACCCUAUGGCCCAGCAAUUAAAAUAAUGCAUACACUGAAAGGGAAUGAUGAUCCAGCAGAAGGAUCUAGCAUGGUAUCCAGACAAGAACACAGUACAGAGAUUUUUGAUGCUAAAUUAUCAAAUAAAAUCAAAGAUAGAAAGUGCAUAGAAGAAAACAAUGAGGCAAAGUCUGGUGGCACCUGUGAACAAAAAGAGUUUGUAAAAUCUGAAUGCACUGAAUCACCAGAACCUAUGCUUGAAGAAAAAACAAAAAUCAUGCUUCACCAAGAAAACAGAAGUAAUCACCUUCCCACUAGGCAAACUUGCCUACCACAUCCUUUUGAUGAAUUCCACAACUGUCAUCGUUACAUACAACAAUAUGUUCUCCACAUACCUGAAACUGGGCCACUGAAUCUUAUUGAUCCAGUCCAUGAAUUUAAACUAUUUACAAACACAGACAAUGCAACAGAAGAGGAUAUGAAAAUGAAAUUUUGCAAUGAGGUUUUUAGAUUUGCGGCAGCAUGCAUGAACUCCCGUACUAAUGGUACUAUCCACUUAGGAGUACGAGACAAUCCCCAUGGGGAAAUUGUUGGAGUGAAGGUCAGAGAUAAAGAGAAAUAUAUUAACUAUUUCGACUUGAUGAUAAAGCAAUAUUUUCGAACUUUUGUUGAUGUUGCAAAAUAUUGCAUUAGGAAACCUAGGUUUGUGGAAGUGUUGCAGCAAAAUAACACUGCAUCAGAAACUUUUGUGAUUGAAGUUGAUGUCAUUCCAAAAUCCUCUAGUUGUCAAUCUAAAUAUUUCUCUACAAACACAUACAACUUUAAGAGCAAAACAUGGGAGCCAUGUUUAUUCAUAAGGGAUGGUGCUGCUUCUAAAAAUAUCCAUAAAUCUGAAAAUGAGCGUAAGUCAUUUAUGUCUAAACUUGAGAAAAUAACAGUAAACAGAAAAGAAGCUGAAGAAGAACAUGGAGAAAAAAGACAGAAGAGAGAGCAUGAAGGCCAGAAACUGGCCAGCCUACUCACAGGCAACAAAGACUUGCUAGAUAAUUCCUAUUAUGGCUGGUAUAUUGUAGUCGUCAACAAAUGCCACCCACAUGAUACACCACAUGUUAACUUCUUACAGGAAAUGAAUGUAUUUGCUGCCCUGGACUUUGAUCCAGAGUCUGCAAGCAAUGGUGUGGUCAAGGCAUUCAGAGAAAAUAGAGCUGCAAAUCUUCAUUUUCCAAAACAAUACCAGAAACCUCUGAAUUCAGCACCUGACACUAUUGAGGAACUGAAUCUCUAUCAGCAGCCAAGCUGGAUUUUCUGCAAUGGCAGAUCAGACCUAAACAGUGAACCCUUAAAUCCAAGUGGCUGGCAGCAACAGAGAGCUGCCGAAGUCAGAAAACUGAUAUCAUUUCUUUCCCACCCUGAUGUAAUGCAAAGAGGAAAGGUUUUGGUGCUGUUUCUUUUACUAUCCAAAGUGGAAGAUCCAGGUGACCCCAUGAUUGAAACAUUUUGUACAUUUUAUCAAGAACUCAAAGGACUUGAUGACAUGCUGUGUAUUUGUAUUGGAACACAGACAUACCACCGCUGGAAAGAUCUCUUGCAGGCCAGAUUUAUUGAUGCCGAUAAACUAGCGGACAGGUGCAUAUCUGGCUUGACCUUACCAAUGGUGAAUGGUACCAUCCAAAAAUUAAAAUCAGUGACCCAAACUUCUCAAAGACUUUUGCCAUCCAAAGGGGGGUCUUCUACAAUCCUGUUAAAGAAAGACGAAGACUUCAUGGCUGCAUUGGAAAUACUCUGUGAAAAUGAAUGCAAAGACACUGAAAUUGAGAAAGAUAAAAAUCAGUUUUCUAAAUUUAAAAAAUCCCAAGAAGAGCAUUUUUAUCGGGGUGGGAAAGUGUCUUGGUGGAAUUUUUAUUUCUCUUCUGAAAGCUACAGUUCUUCUUUUAUUAAGCGGGAUGCAUAUGAAAAACUUGAAGAUCUGAUUGUGUCAGGGUCUCCGUUCCCCAAACAGUCACCUACAAAAAUUAUCAACCUUUAUCAUCAUCCAGGCUGUGGUGGUACCACUUUAGCCAUGCAUAUUCUCUGGGAACUGAGAAAGAAAUUCAGGUGUGCUGUUUUAAAAAACAAAACAGUUGAUUUUUCAGAAACUGGAACACAGUUGACCACCUUAAUUACAUAUGGAACAUCAAACAAGUUUGAUUAUUUGCCAGUACUGCUACUUGUGGAUGACUUCGAAGAGCAAGAAAAUGUUUAUUUGCUACAACAUGCUAUCCAAUCUGCUGUAGCAGAACAUGGCAUUAUAUAUGAAAGUCCUUUAGUCAUAAUCUUAAAUUGUAUGAGAUCACAGAAUCCAGUAGAGAGUGCAAAAAACAACAGUCUGAGCAGUAUUGCUUUGAAACAAAAAUUGACUCUGAAAGAACAAAGGGCUUUUGAGGAAAAACUGAAAGAAAUUGAAGAUCAGUAUGACCAUCCUGAAGAUUUUUAUUCUUUUAUGAUUAUGAAAACAAACUUUGAUCGACAAUACAUAGAGAAUGUUGUCAAAAACACACUGAAAGGCCUAAAUGUUACAAGUAAGCAAGCUCAACUUAUUUCCUUCCUGGCACUGCUUAAUUCUUAUGUUACAGAGUCUACAAUCUCAGUAUCACAAUGUGAGGAAUUUUUGGGAAUAAGUACUAAAAAGACUUAUUGGGGUCCAGAAAACUUGGAUGACAAGAUGGGAAAUUGCUCCAACAUUAUUAUACAAAUGGAAGUGCAAGAACAUGGACAGUACAAAGGGGUACGCAUCAGUCACUCACUCAUUGCUGUACAGUGCCUAGAAGAAUUUAAACAAACAUACAAAUUGACUAAAAGUGAGAUUACACUUUCAUUGCUAAGAGAGAAUUUAUUUUAUGAGAUUGGUAUAGGGAAAGACAAACUUCAGCAAGAUGUGCAAAGCAUGCUGCUUACAAGACACCGAAAGGAACAUGGAGAUGAUACAGACACAUUGUUUUCCCCAUUAAUUGAAGCAAUUCAAAAAGAAGAAGAGAGUACGGAAGUGGAAAGGGUGUUGACAGCGGGGACUCAUAGAUUCACCCAAAAUGUGUUUAUUAGCCAAGCCUUAGCAAGGCAUUUCUAUAUCAAGGAGAAGAAAUUUGACUGUGCAUUAGAAUGGGCUAAAAAGGCUAAAAAAGGUGCUCCCAAUAAUUCAUAUAUAUCAGAUACCUUGGGUCAAGUUUUUAAAAGUAAAAUAAAGCACUGGCUGGAAGAAAGUACAGAGAAAUCCAUAAUAACUGUGGAAAUUCUGGAUGAUUUGUUGAAUCUGGCAAAGUGUGCCUCGGAGGCAUUUAAAGAAUCUCAACAACAAACAGAAAAUAAAGACAGCGGGAGAGAAUAUUUUCAACAUGUAAAAUACAAGAGAAGGUAUGAAAUGUAUAAUACAUCUGGUUACCUAGGAGAAAUAGAAACUGGACUAUACACUAUAAAAAUUAUCGAAUCAACACCUUUGUUCAACAAAAAAGAUGAUCUUUCUAAAAAACACAUCAUACAGUUCUUCUCAGGAAACUGUGAUAUUCCAAAAGCCACAACUGGUGCUGACUGUGAAGACUACAGACUGAUUAUUGAAAAGUACGCUACUUAUUUAAGUAAUCUGCAAGCCAACUUUAAAAAAGCAUUUGACUUUUUUGACAACUAUUUCAUCUUUCUGAAACCAAAGAAUCCUGAAAAAGAAAUUGUUGAGCUCAAAAUACGGAAUAAGGUUCAAGAACUUUUCAAUAAGUAUGCGGAAAUAUUUUGCCACUCUGAUUUUGAUUGGCUAAAGAUGUCAAAACUGAGUUCAUCUUUGGAGCUGGAAAACUACAGGAAGAGUUUAGAAGUUUCCAAAGCAGACAAGUUCUCUGGCAUUUUGGAAUAUCUCAGCAAUCAUGAAAAUGCUGUAGGGAAAAUGGAGGACAUAGUGAAAAAGUAUGAUCUGCUUGUUCAGAACUCCACCAAAUUUAGUCAGAGGGACAAACUGAAUUUUAUUUUGGCUAAUAUUGUUCUCCAUUGCCUCCGUCCAAACUCCAAGAUGGCACACUCAUUUCUGGAGCUCAGAGAACAGCUGAAAAUGAUUCUGCAAUCUGUAGGUUUCGAACAUAGAUACUCAGAACCAUAUUUCUUAGCUUCUUUAUUGUUUUGGCCUGAAAACCAAAAAAAGCUAGAUAAAGAUUCUAAACAAAUGGAAAAAUACCUCAAUGCACUGAAGAAGGCAUUUAAUAGUAAGUACUGGCAAAUGUGCCGUUCCAAGCAACCGAUAGCAUUUUUCUACCUCGGGAAAGGAAGCAAUCUGAACAAAUUUAUUCACAAAGGAAAAAUUGAUCAGUGUGUUGCUACCAAGAUUAGACAUGAGAAAAGUUCCAAAUUAAGUGAUAAACUCAGUGCCCAGUGGCAGAGUGGAGAGAUAUGGAAAACAGAUGAAGCCAAACGUCUUUUGCUUCGACUGACUGGCAAGGUUGAAUAUGAUCUUGUCUAUGUAGAUUAUGGAAUUGAUGAAGACAUCAACAUUCCAGCACGGCCUGUUUUCCUUGGCCAGUUAAAGAGUGGCCGAAGCAUUGAAAGAGUGUCUUUCUACUUGGGCUUUUCCAUUGGAGGCCUGAUAGCCUAUGACAUUGAAAUUAUUUAACCAUUAUUGAAAAAAAUAUUCUCCUGCAGUACAUAUUUAAUGCAAUGGCUUCUUUGUCGUUAGAUGUUUGAAAGCUGGUGUGAGAUUACUCUCUAUCACCUAUUUUAGAUGGUGGAAAUUUUAUGUUUUUUGGAAUACUAUUCCCAGAAUUCCCAGCCAACAUCUGUCAUGCUUCUGUGAAAUAUAGUUAAUUUCUCCCUUGUGCUUCAUUUGGUGAGCCUGUACCCAUUUUCUUUGUUUUAAAUUUCUUAGUGCUUCAGUCUAGUCCCAUGAUAUUGUUUAUCAAAUCAGCAGUGAUAAAUUAUAUCCCCCAUCAUUUUGUGGGAGGAAGGUCCACCUGCUUAUAUGCAGAUGACAAGGUACUCAAACUGGAUUUAGAAGACUCCUGGUUAAUCUGAAUUUAUAUUGUUCAGAUAACAAAUUGUCACUCAAUUAUGACAAAACCAAAGAUGUAGUUUUCAGUGGUGGGACUAAGACACACAAUUAGCAUAUUGGGCAAAAUAAGAUAGAACAGGUGACUCCAUAUCAUUACUUAGAUACACUGUUUGCUCCUUCUGGCUCAUGCCAAUCACAUGUCAGGGCUACAAACCUCAAGGCUAAGCAGCUUGCAAACUGCAAUUCUUUUGUUUUGGUACAGCACAGGAAACAGCCAAGUGUCCUCAAUUUUGUAUUUAAUCAAACAGAAACUCCAACUGCAGGUGUUGUAUGGAUCUGAGAUCUGGAGCUUUCAAGUUGCUGCAGACUUGGAUGGCAUCCAGAACAGAAUUUUAAGAAUUGUCUUGGGAACUCCCAAGAUACACCCUGGUAUAGUAUUUGCAGCUGAAAAUGGGAUCACAGUCCUGGAUCAUGAAGAUCUGACUGUUUAUCUUUAAUUUCUGAUUAAGACAAAAAAGAAUAAUGUUAGAAAAUCACUUAGCAAAAUUAUGUAAGGGAAUAAGUGCCUCAAAACAAAAUUUUGGUAUCAAAAUAUCACAUGUCUCCUUCAUAAAUUUAGCUUUACAGAAACUUAUUUUUCCAAGAAAGAUAAUGUAUCAGCAGAGAAAGAACUGAAGCCACCUGGUAAUGAUAUGUACAAGAAGACUGCAUCUUUUUAAUCAGUUAAAAUCUCCCCAUGGUACAAUUUACUUUAACACCUUCCAAGCUCAGAGGACUCUCUGUUUAAAACUGAAAAGUUUUGUCUAAUAAUAAUAAUAAUAGGAUUUAUUUAUAUUCCACCCAAUCACUGGGAAUCCAAGUGGUUUACAACAGUGGGGAUAAUACAAUACAAAGCAAUAACAAUA